AGAGAGGUGCGGUUUGAUUGGAAACAGGCCCGGCAGCAGCACCGAAAACAUUUCAGUCUACAUUCCGGCACAGGCGUGUAUUUCAGUCCUUUCAUACAAACCACGCAUGUUGUGGUGUAUGUGCUGCUGCUGAACUUCCUUGUCCUGCAGAGAGAGGAUAAAGGCGUGACGUCGCUGCCUGCAGAGCGGCCCGGCAGGAGAGGCAGGGACGCGCCGUGGGGGAACAGACGCUGCAGCAGAGCAGCAGACUGCGAAACCAAAAACACCGGGGCACCAAAAAACCCGACGACAAAACAACGGCGACUUUACCGAGACGACAGCCAUAAUGCGGCACCGCCAGGCAGCCUCGUAGCCAAUGUGACUGCACAUCCUGACGCCGAGCAGAGCAGGAGGAAACGGCGGACAGCAGCACCACCUCUCCCCGCGGUUCAGCCAAGCCUCGCCACGCGUCGCGUCGCCUCGCCCCGGUGUGCGCGGUAGGGUUGGCCGGUCGGUACUGGUCUGGAUGUGGACAUGUCCUCGCCAAACGCAGAGGAGGACCAGAGAUGGAUGCCGACGCACGUCCAGGUGACGGUGCUGCGGUGCAGGGGCUUACGAGGCAAGGGCAAGCACGGAACUAGCGACGUGUACACCAUCAUCCAGCUGGGCAAGGAGAAAUACUCGACCUGCGUGGUGGAGAAGACCACCUCUCCGGAGUGGAAGGAGGAAUGCUCCUUCGAGUUGCUGCCCGGCGUCCUGGAGGACGGCAGGGGGAACGCCUACUCGGCCGGCAGCAGCAGCCUGGUCCUCACCGUGAUGCACCGGGCGCUCAUCGGCCUGGACGUGUUUCUGGGACAGGCGUUGAUCCCGCUGGAUAAGGCCUAUCAGGACAAUAUAUGCAUAAAAAACGAGUGGUACCGGCUGAACUCCAAGACGGGGAAGAAGGAGAAGGAGCGAGGAGAGAUUCAAGUGACCAUCCAGUUCACCCGCAACAACCUGACGGCCAGCAUGUACGACCUCGCCGUGAAGGACAAGACCUACUCCACCUUCAGCAAGCUGAAGGAGCGCAUGAAGGGCAAAAAGAGGGCCAGCGACGAGGACUCCUCCUCCGCCAUCCUGCCCGGCGGAUACGGGGCCCUCUACCGCAUGCGCAACCGGCUGCCGAGCGACGGAGGCGGCGAGGAGGAGUACGAGGACGACGAGGGCGGCGAGCUGCGGAGGAGCAAGAUGAGGAACUUCUUCCUGAGGGGGAAGCUGCGCAAGUCGUCGGACACCCGCUCCAGCACGUCGCUGGGCUCCGAGAGCAGCGAGUCGUCGUCGCGGGGAGGCAGCCUCAGUCCCACGGCCGGCAUCAGCGUGGUGGUGUCUGACCUCUCCAACUCGCCCAGCAACAGCAGCAACCUUACAGCGGAUAACAGCCCUGAGCACACGGCAAAUACGUCACCCAAGUCAUCCUUUUGCAAAAGUGAGCCAGGUGAUGAGGCUGGUGAAAUCACCAUUGCAGUGCCUCAGCCCUCUGUGUGCAUUAAUGGAAGCCAUGCUUACAAUGUCCAGCCCCUGGACCCCGGCUCAGGAAAACCCGCAGGUUUAUUAGGCCUGGGGCUGCUGCAGAAGUCCUUGCCUCUCUCCAUGUCUCUGCAGAACCUCAGCCCACGGGCUGAGGAGCUCCCCAAAGGCCCCGCCGGAGAUGGGCGACGCUGGUCCUUCGACAAGGCCGGCGAGGAGGAGAAGGCGGCCAUAGCGGCGGUCCUGGAGCAAAGCGGCCCCAUGCUCGGUGACGGAGUGGAGAGGUUGGGACAGGCCGCAGCGUCUCGGGCCUCCUCUUCUGCAUCGGAGUCAGAGAGCCAGGGGAAAAAGCAGAGGAGGAACUUGUUCUCCCAUGGGAGGAGUGAGUCUGCGGGGAAGGGGCAUAGUCAGUCCAAGGAUGAGUCUGAACAGGCCCCUGCUCCUGCUGAGGAGAAACACAGGGGAUGGUUCGGAUCAAAGGACUCGCACAGCAAACCCAGCCUGGUGGUGUCACCUAAGCUAGAGCUCAGCACUGACCCCCACCCUCCGCCCCUCCCUCCCACCCCACACCCCCCGGGUCCCCCUGCUGCCUCUUUGGCUUCUCCGCUGCAUCACACUAACCCGUUCUGCCGUUCACAAAGCUCCGCACCUCCCAUGUCCCCCGGCAACCCUUUCUUUCCUCUCCUCCAACACAACCCUUUCUUUGGAGACAUGCUAACCGACCAGGGCCUAAAACCUUCACUGCCUCCUCUGCCCUAUCUUUCCAGUUCCCGGCCCCCCAUAUCCCAGCUCUUCCCGCAGGCAAGUAACCCUAACCCCACCCCGCCCCGAGACCGCCUAGCCGCAGGGGACCCCGUCAACAACGCAGAUCCAAACAGCAAAGUGGAGGCCAAACUUAAGCAACGGCCCCUUCCUCCUAUUCCCACGGAAGGGGACAAGCUUCUUAGCAAGAAGUCAUCCAACCCUUUUAUGUCUGCUGGGGCAGUGGAGCCGGAUGUGGAGUGGGACGACUCCUUUGAAGCAUUUGCAGCUGGUAGGCUGCAGUCUCCAGAGGAGCCGACUUCAGACUGCAGGCCACAGCAAAACUCACCGAACGUCCAUCCACUGGAGCGCUGCAACAAUAAAGUGCUACUGCCCACAACAGAUGAUAAUAAAAACACGAAUGUGGCAGAUGCACCACAUCCACCAGCUUUAGAUGUCACUUUAAAUGCACGCACAGAGCCUUUAUUAGAACCAAAUGAACUCAGCAAUCAGCCGUCUCAUUCCCACAAAGAAAAUCUCGCCACAUUUACGCAGUUUCUUGACACUAUCACAGAGACCAACAGCGAAACAUUAAAUACUUCUGCUAACCCACCGGAUUCUGAUGUUUGUACUGGGACUAAUCAACCUAACAACGCCACUAACACGAACACUAACGUGCACCAAGUCCCCUGCGACAGCUCGUCCCACACGCAGGACGCCCCAGUUCUGUGUCCAAAUCUGAAGCCGAACAGCAACUCCCCAAAUUCUGGCUCUUCGGGCGUAGGCAGUUCGGCGGAGGAGGACUUCCUGUCUAGUCUCUCUGUUUAUUCAGCAUCUGAGAAAUUCUCCGCUUCUUCGUCCGAGGACGCCGAAGCACAACAAGUUGAGAGCAGUAAUCUUAGCUUCGAUGAGAAAUCUUCUGUCCCAGCUGUUGUGAAAUCUGUAAACCCCCUAGAAUUUGAGAAUAACAUUGACGGGUCAGAUGAUCUGUCUUUGGUUGACGUAGCUCAGGGAAACGUCCAGCACCGGGACGAUGACGAAAAGGUACAUUUAAACUCUUCCCAGGGGCAGGAGCAGUUGUUGAUACCACAGCCAGAGGUCCCUCCACAGCUGCCUGUGAUCAGCACAAAGGAAAUGGAAACUGAGGAUAUAGAUAUUCAGACACCAAGCCUAGACGAUAUCAUGUUCUCUGACCCACAGCCAGAUCCCUCCAUCUCCUCACAAUCUGACAAUGAAAAACCAGAAAAAGGCAGCUGUGACCUCAAAGGACCUUUAAUAGAUUUUUCUUCUGAGGAGAUAAAUAACUCCAUUGUAUCUGUAACUAACAACGUAGAGGUCAUGAACCCCACCAGUUUAGAUGAACAACCCUCAACACACCCGUCAUUUUACGUCAUGACUUCCUCCCCAGGUGACAGCCAAUGUAUACUGGACUCCUUAGAUAACACUAUUUUAGAAAGGCAGGAUGCCAGCCAGGAUUUUCUCAAGCCAGUCAGUCUUUUCAGUGAAUUCCUCAGCGCUGGUACCAGCCAAGGCUUUGAUGACAACCUGCUGCACACAGGGAUGUCUGAUCAAAGCACCAGCAGCGUUCCCCAUAGCCAGUAUGUGAGCGCCGAUUCUCAGCAUUACGUCACUUGCCUGUCAUAUCAGUUGUCCAAAUUCUUCAGUGCCUCCGAGGAAGCUGCAGCCAAGCAGCAGGCGGAGGAAACACCCUCUGCCAGCUCAUCACUGUGUGGGACAGGGACUUGUGAUGAGGUGCAUGAGGUUCAGCCACCUGUUUCGGGUCUAGAAGAUUCCACGAAAGCAUGCAGGUCACCUGAGGAAGGAAAAACCCAAAUUGAAGGAUUGGGAUUGCUUGAGUCAGAAGAAAUCUGUCUGUCUGAGGACAGGACAGCGCCUCUUGAGCCAAGUUUCACGUUAGGGGAUGACUUUGAGUUACAAAUGCCCCCCAGUGCACCAACAGACACGAGCUGUGGCCCCGGUAAGCUCAGCGAAGGGUCUGGAGGGAAUCAACAUGUGGUGUUAGAUGACUUCUUCCCAAAACGAUUUCAGACACAGAGUGCCAUGUUACAGCGAUCCCAGUCCGAGGGCACGAUGAGGACCAGCUUUGAGGAGCUCCUCGUGCCCUCCUUCGGGAGCGAUCCUAGUGUGAUGCAGGAGUGCUCCUCUGCCAAGCCUGGCCCCGGCCUUCCCUUUCACAUCUCCUCUGCUCCUUCCCUAACUGCUGAAAGUAGCUCCCCUUUAGUGCUCUGUCCCCUCCCUACUGUUGCCGAUGCUUGGGCGAGGUCACCAUGGCACCACAGCACGGCGCAAGCCAAUGCCCCAGCUCUCGGCAAUGCAAAGCCAAUGACUGACGCAGCAGCGCAUGCAGUUUUGCCGCAGGAGACGCAGCAGCAGCAGGCAGCCAAUCAGCAGACCAGCCCCCACCCAGUAAAGCCCCUGACCACUGCCAUACUGGCUGAGGAGAAGCGGGCCGAGGGCCGCUCAGUGCUGGCCAGCGGCCUGGAGAAGCUCAAGUCCACCAUCCACCCAGGGAGGAGCAGCCAGCAGACUGAGCAGGAGGCAGACAGGAAAAAGUCUCUGACCGAGGGCGCGGGGUCGUACUACCACCUGACCCACAGCGAGCUGGUGGCCCUGCUGGUGCAGCGCGAGGCCGAGCUCGACAGGCAGAAGGAGGAGUUUCGGCGGCAGGCGGCCCUGCUGAGCAAGCGCGAGGUGGAGCUGAAGAAGCUGAAGCCGCAGGUCAGGGAUCUGGAGGACUACAUUGACACGCUGCUCGUGCGCAUCAUGGAGCAGACGCCCACUCUCUUGCAAGUGCGCUCCAAGUACAAGUGACGAAGGGGGACGAGGGUUGGAACUGGGGUUUGCAGUACAGUACGCAUCCGUUCACUCUAACCUCCACAACAGCUCUUUAGUCUUUUCACUGCUAUGCUGUCCUUUUUGAUAUAACGAUUUAGGCACUGGGAAAACGUCGAGGUGAUGUUUUUCAGCCGGCAUGCUUUACUGUAUUGAAACACAUCCUCGUCGAAGGGUUCGGUUUGUGCGGUUUUGAAUGUAGCGGGUCCUCAGGUUGUUUUCAGGUCACGGCCAGUUGGUUUUACACUCAAAGAGAGGUGACCCCCCCCCAAACACACACACACACACGCACACACACACACACACACACACACACACAUAGACACAAUGGGUUCAAAACCUAAAUGCUUCCACUUUUGGAUCCUGAUUGUAGAAACAUCGAUUCCCUCCUUUUCACCUCACCCGUCACUUCAUCACCUUACCACAAAAACAGAGAGAAAUUGUAGGGUUUCAUUCCAUGAUGCCUUAUAUCCAAUUUGAGAAAAGAAAUCACCCGAUUCCUCCCUCGAAAACACGAAUGAUUCCUUCAACAAAAAAACGACGCUUCAAAUACAUUUCCCUCAAUAUUUGUGCUGCUGUGUAUUUUAUCAGAAUGAGCAUCACUUUUCUCCAACUGGUGUAUAUCUCGUUUUGGAUUGAAACUCUUCACACGUUCCCUGAUGAAUACCGCGUGCACUGAUUAGCCUAGUUUUGAAACUACAAACCAAAUGAUGGGUGUAAAAGCUCAAACACUGGUCACGUGCACUGUACCGGGAACUGAUUGUAGCUUUGGAGUGUUCAAAAAGUGUUCUUAGCCAGCGAGUGAAUGGUUUGAUCUUUUGAUGCACAUCAAGUGCUGAAUAUCUUCUCUUUUUUUUUUUUUUUUUUUUUGCUUGUUCCUUCUUUCUUUACUCCUUUCGAUCUUUUUUCUUUCAUGGGCAUGUCUUGAAAUUACUCAUAAAUGCUCAGCUGCAUAAGCUAACUGAUUCUCGUAUGGGUCGUGGUUUUAUCAGGUAAAGACAGUAUCACUCAGCAUCCAGUCAGUAUCAGGAUCAGCCGUUGCAGCUUCUCUGAGCUCAUGCUUCUGCCUUCCCACUGUGCAUUAUCGACACAAUUUUAACGUUUAAGAAAAUGCCUCCGACAUGCUGGUACUUGACUCCCCUCCCUCCUCGGUGUCUGUGUGUCACAUCCGCUUCUGCUCAAGCACGCACAUCGCUAGUGCUUUUUUCAGGUGUGUUACAAAGGGAUAUAUACAGUAUUUACAGCGUAUAUGCCGUAUGGAAAUGCCAAAUGCUGCCUUAUUUUUUUCCUUUUUGUUUUUUGACGUCGGUCGUUCAUGAAGUUGAUUUAAUUAAAGCACUUCGUUUGAGUUAUAGGGGCUCGGGGGCAAGUUUUGAAAAAGAAGAAGCCAUCUGUUCACUGAAAGUUAUUUGUCUGACUGCUUUGUUAUGAUAUCGUUUAGAUCAUUGCACAACAAUAAAUUGUAUGCAUACCAAUAGAAAAUGAGCAGAUACAGUGAUUCCUGUGAAACGCCAAAAACAACAACACAUGAUUUAAAAAAAAAAAAAGAGAGAAAAAUAAAUAAUAAUAAUAAAAAAAAAGAAACACCAAGCCUUCGAACUUAAUCUAUGGAGCAGAUUUGAUACACCAUGAAGUAUUCCAAUACGAAGCCACUUUCAACAGCGUUUUUGGAUGUUCUUGCACUACUUAAUCAUAACUCGACUGUACCUGUCUGUUAAUAUUGGUAUAGUUAGAUUUAGAUCACACCGUACUGCACUUUCUAAUUGCUCCCUGUGAUUUAAGCACUUGGCCUACUUUGACACCACACAGACGAUUAGUAGCCAGUGAGCUUGAAGCAUACGAAAACAUGGAAAAACCGCCUCGUCAUCUCAGUUCCGCUGUGCGAUUGCAAUAUCGAGUGCAUAGAUGACUGUAGAGACAUAUUAAAUGUGACUCCGCACUUAUCAAGCGCAAGAAUAACGUCCUCUCCAUGUCUUCCAUUUUGAGACUUUUUAUUUAAGUUUGAACUGAUUGUAUUUUGUCCUCGAUUGUGUAGCCGGUGGAAUGUGCUUAAGGUAGAAUAUAAGAUUGGAAAGUUUACAAUUCGUGAUGCAAUUCUGUUUCACAAAUUUUGUAUAUUUAAUAAAGAAUAUUUUGUGUUUCUUGCUCA